CACUGAAUAAAGUUAAAGAUGACAGACCCUUUUUAGCAUUUUCAUUCCUCAGUUCGUUGGUGUAGUUGUAGCUCUUGGAGAAUCUCGGUCAGGCCCUGACAGAGAGAAGGAAACUGCGAAGAAGAAGAAGAAGAAGACGAGUGAAAAGUGAAUGGCCAUAGAGUACAGAUGCUGCGAAACGGGGUUCUUCGUUCACAUAGGGAUCAUCACUUUCCUAGUGGCCUUCGCGGGUCUCAUGUCCGGGCUGACGUUGGGUCUCAUGUCAUUGAGCCUCGUGGAUCUCGAAGUCCUUGCAAAGUCUGGCACACCAACCGAUCGUAAAUACGCCGAAAAGAUAUUGCCGGUUGUUAGAGGACAACAUUUGCUGCUGUGCACCCUACUAAUUUGCAAUGCUGCUGCUAUGGAGGCACUGCCUGUCUUUCUCGAUAGUUUGGUAACAGCUUGGGGAGCUAUUCUUAUUUCAGUAACCUUGAUACUUCUGUUUGGUGAGAUUAUACCCCAAUCAGUGUGUUCUAGGUAUGGUCUGGCAAUUGGUGCAGCAGUGGCUCCGGUAGUCCGAGUUCUUGUCUUCAUAUGUUUUCCCGUUGCAUAUCCCAUAAGCAAGCUUUUAGAUUACCUUCUGGGAGAAGGACACGAGGCUCUGUUUCGCCGUGCUGAGUUGAAAACACUAGUUGAUUUUCAUGGUAACGAGGCAGGCAAAGGUGGCGAACUUACACGGGACGAGACAACUAUAAUUGCGGGAGCACUUGAACUCACUGAGAAAACUGCAAGAGAUGCGAUGACUCCUAUAUCUGAAACUUUUGCCAUAGAUAUUAAUGCCAAACUUGAUAGAGAUCUGCGCAAGUUGAUUUUGGAGAAAGGACACAGCAGAAUUCCAGUAUAUUAUGAGCAACCAAGAAAUAUAAUUGGUCUUAUAUUGGUGAAGAAUUUACUGGCUAUUCAUCCAGGAGAUGAUGUGUUAGUGAAAAAUGUAACCAUCCGAAAGAUCCCAAGGGUUCCCGGGUCAAUGCCUCUCUAUGAUAUACUAAACGAGUUUCAGAAAGGGCAUAGUCAUAUGGCGGUUGUUGUGAGAGAGCGCAAUGAUAAGGAGCAUUCAGCAGCGGAUCGACAAAACGAGGUGAGAGAGGUGAAGGUGGACGUUAACGGAGAGCAAGAUUACCAAGGGAAGUGCCUAAAGGAAAAGAGAUCGAUCAAGAAGCUGAAGGAUUUACACGGAGGAGAUGCUAAAGAACUACACAGAGCUGCCAGCAAGAGCAGGAAAUGGGCCAAGGACUUCCACUCUGAAGUCCUCUAUAUCAGUGAGGAUUCACUCCCGAAGCUUGCCGUAGAAGGAGAAGCUAUCGGCAUCAUAACAUUGGAAGAUGUAAUCGAAGAGAUAUUACAGGAGGAGAUUUACGACGAGACGGAUUAUGUUGCUAGAAAUCAUGAUCCAAAUUCUUCAUAGCGGUACUGUUGCAAAGCAGACACACUGGUGAAUGUUAAUUGGUAGAAGCUGUAUUGAUCUACAAAAGCAUGGUAUUAGAAGCUGAUAUGGUUGUUCAAUUAAAGUCUAUAAAUUUGAUAUUCGAU